AUGACUUCCAACAGCCAACUAUGUCAACCGUUAUCUUCUCUGACGCCCGGUGCUACAACGUCCUCUCAAGCCUUUGAAGUUGAAAAUGGUCCCAUAAACCCCUUCACCUCAAACCCAUUUUCUCAAGGAUACUAUGAUAUUCUCAAUAGACGACGUCAAUUGCCUGUAUUUGAGCAAAGAGAAAAUUUUCUACAAAUGGUACAUUCGAAUCAGUUUAUUGUAAUUGUUGGCGAAACAGGAACGGGAAAGACUACACAGAUCCCCCAAUAUCUUCUGUAUGAUCUACUACCACAUUUAUCUCAACGACUCAUAGCUUGCACUCAACCACGCCGCGUGGCUGCAACUUCAGUUGCGCAACGAGUGGCAGAAGAACUCGACGUCAAACUUGGAGAGGAAGUUGGAUAUUCCAUUCGAUUUGAAGAUAUAACGACUCCACGGACGAUGUUAAAGUACAUGACUGAUGGAGUAUUGUUAAGGGAGGCAAUGGGAGAUCCAUUCUUGGAGAAAUAUCAGGCGAUUGUACUCGAUGAGGCACAUGAGCGAACUUUGGCUACCGAUAUUUUGAUGGGAAUCGUUAAAGAGAUCGCAAGCGUCAGGAGUGAUCUGAAAGUCAUUAUCAUGAGCGCCACGCUGGAGGCUGAAAAGUUUCGAAAAUAUUUUAACAAUGCACCAGUAAUAGAAAUACACGGCAGAACAUACCCCGUGCAAAUGCACUAUGCACGGGAACCGACGAAAGACUACGUACAAGAAGCGAUCAAGACCGUUACUAGUAUUCGUAAUAACGAGCCACCCGGCGAUAUUCUUGUGUUUCUCACGGGAGAAAAAGAAAUAGAGGAUGCUUGUCGCAUCAUCCGGUCACGAAUCUCGUCUUCAUCCUCAGUCCCUUUGGCCGUACUCCCAUUGUACAGCAUACUUCCUCCUCAAAUGCAGCAGCUGGUCUUUGAUGAUCCUCCAGUUGGCAAAAACGGUGUACAGGGAAGAAAGUGCAUUGUAGCUACAAAUAUCGCUGAAUCAAGCAUCACUAUUGAUGGAAUUGUCUAUGUGGUUGAUACGGGAUUCGCAAAACAGAAAGUGUAUCAUCCGAGGAUUAGGGUGGAGUCAUUGUUGGUCGGUCCAAUUAGUAAAGCGUCGGCUAAGCAGCGGGCCGGAAGAGCUGGAAGAACACGGCCCGUAAAUGCCAACUCGAUUAACGCUAGUUUGAUUCUUCCUGCUUCAGGUAAAUGCUAUCGUUUGUAUACUGAAGAGGCACACGAACAGCUCGAAGAACAAUCAUGUCCUGAGAUUUUGCGUAGUAAUAUUGCUCCGGAGACCCUUAUGCGAGCGUUAGAAUCAUUAAACUAUCUCGGUGCACUUGAUGAUGAUAUAAAUCUCACGCAUAUCGGUCAGUUAAUGUCUCAAUUUCCACUAUCACCCGAGCUGAGUAAAAUGAUUAUUGAAUCUGACAGGCUCGGGUGUUCAGAUGAUAUUAUUAUUAUCGCUGCCUUAUUGAGCGCACCAAUAAUAUUCGCCAAGGAGACGUCAUCAGUCGAUGCCCGCUUCAGGAAACGGCGGUUUGUUCAUCCCGAUGGAGACCACCUGACAAUGUUGAACAUUUUCAGAGAAUAUAAAAAACAGAAAUCUCGAGAUGACUGGUGCCAAGAGAACAGCUUCAAUUCGCGAUCGUUGAAAGCUGCCGAGAAUAUCAGAACACAACUCGCUGAAAUAUUGACACGCAAUGGCCUUAAACUUAAUAGACGUUCUAUACAAGAUCCACUGUAUUCUAUUAACAUAAGAAAAGCUUUAAUAUCAGGUUUCUUCAUGCAAGCUGCUCAUAGAGAAGGAGGACCAAUAUUGUUGACAUGCCAAGACAAUCAGGCUGUUACCAUACAUCCAACCAGCGUCUUGAGUGAACCGUAUGAAUGGGUCAUCUACAAUGAGUUCGUACUUACAACCAAGAAUUUCAUUCGAACAGUAACAAAAGUUGAACUAUCAUGGUUAAUAGAAGCUGCACCCCGGUAUUUUGAUCCGCAGUUCUUCCCACAGAGCCGAGGCAGGAAACAACUGGCAGCGCUAACACGGAGACGAUAA